GGUGUGAAGCGGGUUGCUAAGGACUCCUGGCUCCUUAGCAACAGCAGGAGAUUAGUGUGACACCAUCAGCAGGCAGCAAGCCCACACAUCCAACCUGCUGCUGCUGCUGUGAGACAUGGUGUCUGGAAAACAAGGGAUUCAGUCCAGAUUUGGUCCCUCAAACAGGAUCUUGGAGCUGGCGCAGCACAAAACCUCAAAAACAGUUUGGGCCACAACUCCUUGUGGGAAGCUGAGCUGGGGCAACCAGGAGCCAAUAUGGCCCGUCUCCGCCUCAGCGCUCGGAGCCGUUCCAAGCGCAAGAAUCCAAUACCUAGCCAGGCACAAAAGAGACUUCUCAGCAAGGGAGGACCACCGGAGGUCCCACAUGCCUCCUCACACACCUCAGUGUGAGAAUAACUGUCCCGUUUGGCACGUUGAUCCCAGCGUGAAAGCUGCUGUGAUCACACCGCGACUGCUGCACCUCUCCAACCCCAAACUGAACCAUCCAGAUUUCCAGAGCAACAGAGAGAGCGUUGAAUCCGUGGUCUCCUUUGCUUCCGAGACGGUUCGAAUCUCUCAGCGACUGGUCCAGCUGUCACUGCCCAGACUGAAGCAGAGCAACAUCUGCCUGGAGCUCGGACACCCGGUGGAAUCAAUCUGGACUGUUUCAAAGGCGGCGAGGAGAGCCACAGCGAGUGCUCGUGUUGAAAUGCUCGCAACACCAAAACAGCUUUCCAAGGACUACAUCCCUCCACGAGAACCAGAGUGGAGCCGGAGAGACGUCCUGUUCUUCUGAACUUCCAUCAACAUCACAACCAAGUCAGUCCUUUUGUAGUUUGUGAAGAUAAUUCAAUGUCAGGCUAAACCAGCAAAACUUAGAUCUUGAUUUUUAUAAAUGAUUAAGACAGUAAUGAUGGUUGUAGACAUUAAGCUUCUUCUUUUGCUCCACCAGCCAUCAGUGUUUGGAGGGUUACUGUCAAAACAUGUUCCUCUAUAGAUUACUGAAUACAUGCCCUAAAAUAUAAACAAGGUAAUGUGCUAAAAUUGUCUUGAUGAGCUCAUUUGUCUGGUGCGUAUACACUCACUGGCCACUUUAUUAGGUACACCUGUUCAACUGCUUGUUGACGCAAACAGCUAUUUGAAGUUCAAACUGAGUAUCAGAAUGAUGAAGAAAGGUGAUUUAAGUGACUUUGAAUGUGGCAUUGUUGUUGGUGCCAAUAGUUGGUGGAGUAUUUCAGAAACCAUCACAGCCAUCUCUAGGGUUUACAGAGGAAGGUCCCAAAAAGAGAAAAUAUCCAGUGAGCCAAAAUGCCUUGUUGAUGCCAGAGGUCAGAGGAGAAUGGCCAGACUGGUUCAAGAUGAUAGAAAGGCAACAGGAAGUCAAUAAGCACUGGUUCCAACCAAGGUGUGCAGAAGAGCAUCUCUGAAGCAACAACACCUUGUCCAACCUUGAAGCAGAUGGGCUACAGCAGCAGAAGACCACACCAGGUGCCACUCCUGUCAGCUAACAACAGGAAACUGAGGCUACAAUUCACACGGGUUUUCUCACCAAAACUGGACAAUAGAAGAUUGGAAAAACCACAUUCAGAUGGAAGCAUGGAUCCAUCCUGCCUUGUAUCAACGCUUCAGGCUGCUGCUGCUGGUGUAAUGGUGUGGGGGAGAUUUUCUUAGUACCAACUGAGCAUGGUUUAAACACCACAGCCUACCUGAGUAUUGUUGCUGAGCGUGUCCAUCCCUUUAUGACCACAGUGUACCCAUCUUCUGAUGGCUACUUCCAGCAGGAUAACGCACCAUGUCACAAAGCUCACAUCAUCUCAAACUGGUUUCUUGAACAUGACAAUGAGUUCACUGUACGUCAACAUGGACCAAAAUCUCUGAGGAAUGAUUCCAGCACCAAGAAUUAAGGCAGCUCUGAAGGCAAAAUGGAUCCAACCUGGUCCAGUACCAAAAAUGUAAAUAUGUGCCUCAUGUGAAAUUUACACCAUGUCCUAAUAGGAAGCGAGCGGUGCCCUCUGUUAACACUGAAUGCAUUAAAUAAGCACUUCUGUUACGUCAUGUAAACAAAUCACGUAGGCUACCCAGCAGCUCUGCGCUUAACUGGAGAUGUGACCACUUAAAAAAUGGGCGACAAACAGAAAACACAUGUUUUAUAUUGUGAUAUUUACUGGAAAUAACAGACGAUAUAGCCAUCGGCAGGCAGGUUGUUAUUAGUGAUGGUCAUUUACCAGAAACUUUCACCUCCCCGGUGAUCUACCUCCAGCCAGCUGCCACCUUAUUUAGGUUUUUGUUUUUAAAUGAGGACAGGUUGUGUAGAUAAUACUUCACUUCAAAUUCGUA